AUGUCCAGCUCCGGUAAGGCAGAACUCAUUCAUAUGUUUAAGGGGAUUCCCUUUACCACCAGGUCAUCUCCAGAACUUUUAAAAUCCUUGGAUAAUUUUGAUGCUAGAGAAGAUGAUGUCCUUUUGGUUUCCUACCCAAAAUCUGGUACUCACUGGCUUGCAGGAGUUGUAACAAAGCUUUACAAUACUCAAGUUACACUAACAGCUCCCAUUGAAUUUGGAGACAUUUCCAAACUGGAGGAACUGAAUAAACUUUCAUCAAAGAGAAUCAUCCCAACGCACUUAGACUACAACAUGUUACCCCCAAAUUUUAAGAAUAAAAAAUGCAAGAUGAUUUACAUCAGCAGAAACCCCAAAGACACUGCAGUUUCCAUGUAUCAUUACUACAGAGAUAAUCCAAACCUUCCCACUGUAGACACCUGGACUGCUUUCUUUGACUUGUUCUUAAAAGGAGAUGUUGUCUGUGGAUCCUGGUUUGAUCAUUUCCUAAGCUGGGAAGAACAUAAAAAUGACAAAAACGUCCUGUUUUUGUUCUAUGAAGACAUGAAGAAGGAUCUCCCUAAGAUUGUAAAGGACAUUAGUAUAUUCCUGGAUAUAAACAUCAGUGAUCAUGAAAUCCAAGACAUUUGCAAGAAGUCAUCAUUCUCAGAGAUGAAAACAAACACAGAAAAAGAAAAUAGUGAUCCCAAUCAUACUGUUUGUGCACUUACAUCCAACAGGAAGCUGAUUUUCCGAAAAGGUACAGUUGGUGACUGGAAGAACUAUUUUACUCCAAAACAGAAUGUGAGGUUUGAGGAAAUAUUUAAUGAGAAAAUGAAAAAGAGCAAGAUGGCAAAAGGCCUCAUCUAUGAAUUCUGA